AUGGCUAAUCGUGUGGUGCAGACGCCCCUGAUAAUCCAGGAUGAGAAUUUGGGUGUCAGUCGCAAAAGUAUUGCUUUGGAUGUUUUUUAUGGUUACAUACAACUUGUUCGAUUUCCCUAUACUUGGUUGAAGGCUGGUUUUGACGGAAGUGUUAAGAAUUCUAAAACAACUACGAAGAAAAGUGGAGUUGCGUUGGGAAGUCGAAAGGCACUCAAUGAUAUUACGAACAAAACAGCUGUCCGUCAAGAAGCGUCUUCUCGGAAAAAGAAUGUGCAGAAGGAAGAGAUUAAUGUAGCUGAGGAAAGAUUUUUGCACGAUCACAGUAAAUGCACAGAGGAAAAAGAGGCUACAUUGAUUUCCUCUUUCCUGGACUUGGUCCUUCCUGGGCCUGAUCCUGUAUCUACUGCUGAAAAUCCCGAGGUUAAGCAAGUCAAGAUUGAUCCUGAUAGCCGCUUCUAUUCAGAACCAAAAGAAUUGCCGAUGCCUGUCUUUUCUGACUGGUUUGAGUCUUCAACUCACUGGCACUCUUCUCCAUGUUCUCCAAUUCACUGGGACUCUCCACCAUCCUCUCCUUUUUCAUGGCAGUUUGAAGCAGUUGAAUAUGUGCUAAAGCCAGACAGUGAUGUUUGA